UGAUCCUAUAAUAUAUAAUCAGUCGCAUAAAUAAUUUUGCACUGCACUGCGCGUAUUUGAACACAGAACAAUUUCCAUGUCUCUUUCGCCUCCCUAACGAAAACUAUUUAAAAGUUAACUAGUACACACAAAGUGACCAGGGCCAAAAUGAAGAUCCCUUCAUUUAAUAAAUUGGUAUCGGAAAACUUGACCCCGCACUCAUUAAAGGAUUGCACUGUUGUGAUCGACGGACAAAACUACUUAUACAGGCUUUAUGAGGAAAGUAAGCUACCAUACACUUAUGGCUGUGAGAGUGACAACUAUGCUGACUACUUGAGAAAGUACCUUGAUAUUUUCAAGAGAGCCAAUGUCGACUGCUACUUCAUUUUCAAAGGAGGCCAUGAAAAUAAGGAAAAAAUGUUUGAUAAAUACACCAAAGUAAAUAAAGCCUUUACACCACCCAUCUUUAUGAAAGAAAUCUACAAACAAGUUCUUGAAGAAAUGGGCUUCAAUUACACAAUCUGUACAUUUGAGUCAAAGAAGGAAUGCAUUGCCUUUGCACAGAAAAACAACUGUCCUGUGAUAAGCAAUGACACUGAAUUCUGCUUCUCAUCAAUCACAUAUAUACCAUAUACAAGUAUGAGGUUCAAUGAGGAAACUGCCGCCAUCGAUUGUGGUCUAUUUACUAUAGGAAAUUUCAUGCUAAAGUAUCAGCUCACCAAAGAAAAAAUGGCUAUGUUUGUAGCAGUAACAAGUGAGAUUUAUAAAUGCAUACCCAGAGAAUAUUUCUACAAGUUCCAGAAACUGGCAAGAAUAUCUACAAAAAAUAUGUACGAACGUAAUGUCAGUAUGCUGAAUUGGCUGAGAAAAACGAAAGAAAAUGAUGCUGAAAAAGGGAUAUUACAAAAUGCUGUGCUGAGUAAAUAUUUCGCUGCAAAAAGAGAAGUGUGUAACUUGAUAGAAGAACAGAAGGCCCCUGGUAUUCCGACUGAGUAUUUGGAAAACGAAAACAAGAUUGAAAUAGCGGACAACGACCCACUGUGGUUCGACAAAGGUGUUGCGGCGAAACACAUUGCGAUUCCUCUUGUAAAUCUAUUUCACCAUCAUACCAUUUUUGGUUCUCCAAUUAAAACGGACAUUGAAGACCAGGACGCUGUGCUAUUAUCCAUUGAAAUCAUUAAAUACAUUUCCAAUUUGCUUACAAAUUUUGAAAGACAAGAAAUAACUUUCUACACAAAUAAACAUAAUAUUUCUGUGACAUUGACAGAUUCCGUUCAAAAACCAAAUUACAUUGCAAACCACAGUGCGUUCGAAAACGGAUGGAUGCAUCUUCCACCCGGAUUGUUCGAGCAUUUUUUGACAGAAAGUUUGCAAGGAUUCGAAUUUGAACAGCUGGAUAAUUUGCCCGAAGAUUCCAAGUUGCUCAUGAUUACUCUGACAUACUUUUCACGUAAAAAGAAAGAUGUCGAUGUAAGCAAUGAAGUUUACUGUGUUCUUCUGUCGUACACAGUCUUAUCUGCAAACAUUGACGAGAAACGCAUGGCGCUGCAUUCUCUAAGAAAGUAUUUGGAAAAAGGAAGCGGAGGAGACUUAUUCGUAAGUCCGAGCUCGGGUUUAUUUCCUCUUGUAGAGUUCCAGCAUUGCCUCGAGAUUAUGAAUUACCUAAACAAACUGUGUGGGAAACCAUACCAGCCUACUGUAUACAGUAAGACAUAUAAUGGUACACUUGUGUACAAAAUGUUAAGGGCUACGAAGUCCGAGUCUGUCAACUUUGUAGAUUUGUUAGAAAGUGAUUUGGCUCCAGUUACAAAUGUACUGGACUCAUUUCGCCUUCACGUUGAUAUUUAUCGCCAGUUAAUUAAAAAUUAGAUUUUAUAUAUAAUUUGAUUUAUAUGACUUUUACUUAUUACGAUAAUUAUUUUUUCAUUAUCUGUUAUAGUUUUUAGUAACACUUCUAGUAACACGAGAUUUCGCCUUAGCACACGAUGUUUGAAAAAAAUGCUAUCAAUUUUGCAACAGGCGUUACGCGUACUAGCUAGCAUUUACACAUUAAAAUGAUGUUAAAUCUAUGUAGAGUAUUAAUCUACUUUUAUUUUUAUAUUACUUACCUUUUUAAGAAAGGGCUUGUAAGGUUUAUAUGUAAUCGCGUAUCACAGCACUAAUUUUAUAAGUAUGUCAUAAAAAUAAUAAUAAUCCUUUAUUAAAUGAACACAAACACACACCCAUGCUAUUGUAGACAAUAUGUAAAAAUAUCAAUAAUAAUGUUUAACACUUUUUUAACACUUUUUGAUAUGUUAAUUAAAUUUCUUCGAUAUGCUUCGACUCGACACGUGGUUUUUGUUAAUAGUAUAAUUCUAGCUCAAGUAUACGCACAUAUAAAUUGAUAAA